AAGUGCGCCCUGUGGUAUCCGCCCAUAUUCGCGUAAAGGAGGCCAAACGGAGUAGCUAGGCCCGGACGCAGGAUCAGAUGGAAAGUUCAAUCGAUUAAUUUGCCCACUUUUUUUUUUCGUGCAUGUCCCCCGCUUUGCUUUCUGAGACGACGUUAGACCGACUUAAAUGCGGGCGUUUUGGCGUGAAAUAGGAAAUGCAGAGAUCGUGUGAAACGGGAGGAUUAUCAGCUUGACUUAUUCGGUCGCUACUUCGGACGCGGAACUCCACUCGCUAAAAGGUGAAUCAUGACAGAAUAUAAGCUGGUUGUGGUAGGAGCUGGUGGUGUUGGCAAGAGUGCACUUACUAUUCAGCUCAUCCAGAAUCACUUUGUGGAUGAAUAUGACCCCACGAUUGAGGACUCCUACAGGAAGCAGGUAGUUAUUGACGGAGAGACGUGUCUGUUGGACAUCCUAGACACUGCAGGUCAAGAGGAGUACAGCGCCAUGAGGGAUCAGUACAUGAGGACAGGGGAGGGCUUUCUAUGUGUCUUUGCCAUCAACAACACCAAGUCCUUCGAGGACAUUCACCACUAUAGAGAACAGAUUAAGCGGGUGAAGGACUCUGAGGACGUCCCCAUGGUGUUGGUGGGGAACAAGUGUGACCUCCCGUCCCGGACAGUGGACACCAAGCAGGCUCAGGACUUAGCACGCAGCUACGGCAUUCCCUUUAUUGAGACCUCAGCCAAAACCAGACAGAGAGUGGAAGAUGCCUUUUACACUCUGGUACGGGAGAUCAGGCUGUACCGGCUCAAUAAGCUCAGCAAGGAAGAAAAGACUCUGCGCUGUGUGAAGCUUAAAAAGUGUGUUGUGAUGUGAAAUGGGGCGUCGACGAUGCCUUUUACACGUUAGUGCGAGAAAUCCGCAAGCAUAAGGAGAAGAUGAGCAAGGAGGGCAAAAAGAAGAAAAACAAGUCCAAGACAAAGUGUACACUUAUGUGAAUAAUCACCCCUUUUCAAGACAGACUAAAAAAAAAAAAAAAUGUUGAACAGUUCAAGUAAUACAUUUUGUACAUUACACUAAAUUAUUAGCCUCUUUCUGAAUACCCACCAUACUGAAUACUAAACCCGACCUGAAUUUUCUGCCUUUCUGUUCUUUGCUACUUGGACACCGAUAAGCUUUGUUUUCAGUUUAGUGCCAGUUGCCGACAUGUCCAGGAUAAUGGUGAUUUGGAUAAUUUCACAUAGCUGCGUAGCUUGCGAGCUAAUUGUAGACACAGAUUACGUUUGAGUAAAAAAAAUUUUUUUCUCCUUUGCUUGAAAAGUCACGGCUUGCAAAUUUUCUGUAGUGUCCUUUUUUUUUCUUUUUUUUUUUUCUUCUUUUGUAAUUAUGGGAUGCCAAAGAAUGAAUUUUCAUCCCACUCGCAUAGUUAAAACAGAUAUGAGGAAAGGACCAACAUUCAGCCAGAUGAGAUCCAAAUAAUGUCCCAGCCACUGUGUAAUGUUCCCCAUCUCUAAUGACCUCUUGGUAUGACUUGGUUAUGUCACUGAAAAGUAUGCAUGCAAACUCCUACUCUUCUCCGAACUUUUUAACACCCUUAAUUAGCUAUUAAUUAAUUUGUCAAUGCUUUGUGAUGUGUGGGGAGUGAUUUCCUGCCUACAUGAGAUGUUUCUUUUUUGCAUGCGGUGUGUCCUAGGUGACAUUACAAACUGCCUCCGGUUGAUACAUUUAGCAGAGACGACAACGAGGACGUCUUUGACUGAAGUGGACAUCAUAAAGUCUGCUGUUUCAGGUUCAUAAUUAGUUGUCAAUAUUUUUUUGAAAAAGAAUUUUGCCAUUUAAUUAAAUAUCCCUAAUGGUUUUAUUUUUAUUUUUUUGCCCAUUUUGUAAUAAUAAAAUGGGGACUAGCAGCCAGAUUUUGUGUUGGUCGUUUUCAUGUUGCAGGGAUUCAUGCCUUAUUUGAGUCUUGCUUUCCUUUCGGCUCGAUUGUAGGAUCGUUUUGAUUCAUCCUUAUGAUAGUCAUUUCAUUGCUACUUGUUACACCUCCUAAACGAGGUUCAUAUUUCAACAGAAUAUUUGUCAAGUCGAGGCUAAAUCUGAGGAUUCACGCGUCUAGUAGCCGGCCAUAGAGGUGUCAUUCUUGCACAUUUUCCUAAGCUGUCAACUUCGUUUGCUAGCAACUGUCCAGGAAGCAGAAUGCGUAUUUGGUGUAGUCACCGAGGUUGUUCAAAAUGUUGUCCGAAUGGCUGUUCAGACUCUUUCUCACACAUUUGAAAGAGUUUUUUUGGAUUCAUUUGCUUAAGUGUUGAAAUUGCUCGGUGGCCUGCCUUUCAACAGAAAUGAUUGUCCGGCUAAAUAAUUUGUCAUUUUCUCUCACAAAACUUGCGUUUCAUGGUGAUGGAACUGGAACGGGUUUUUAAAUGAGACAGCAAUUGCCAUAAAAUUGGUUUUUAGAGAAAACUGACAGAAUUUAUUUAAAGAAAAGUCCUAGUUUCUUUCUUGGGUCAACCCAUAUUUCACCCUUGUAUUUACAAUCUGUUUGCCUAGGGUUUUUUUAAAUUUUUUUUUUAUUUGCCUCUUAUCUUUGCAUUAGGUGCUACUUUUAGACGGUAGAAAGAGCUGAGACCACAUUUACUUUGUCCUGUGUGUAUACGAGAGAUGCACAGAAGGCUGUUUUUAAGGGGAGUAACGUUCUUCACAGAAAAUCCAGAAAUUAUGUUUUCUUUUCAGGAUUAAUGGAUUUUGACCCAGUUUUAUUAUUACCUCUUUUAUUCAUGAAGUAGAAUAAUAAUGUUAAUGCAAUUUUAAUUAUGGAACCCUCCUGUUAACAAUACUGUUUCAAAAGUAGUUUUACUGUAAUGUUUGAAAUGUUCCUCUUCCUUUAUUGUGUGCCAACAGCUGAUUUCUGAAAUGUAUCAUUUAUACCUGGAUCGUAUUUUAACAACCUUUGUAUAGUUGUGAUACUGAAAGGUGCAUAUUUUGUAAAUUGUGCUUCAUUUCGUUGGUGUGUCUAAAUGAAUGUUGCUUUAAUGGAGUUUCACUCCGCUCUGUGUAUGUGACUAGAGUGUGUGGUUGGGUCCAGGUCUAGGGAAGUGAAUGAAUGACCACUUUACAACAUACCUGUUGUGGGCAGUGUAGAGUGGUGAUCUGAUCUCAAAUGAGUCUAUUUUUUGCCAUGAAUCUCACCACUCCUAUUUAAUGUGUAAUAAAGAACAAAGAAAAGAGGAACCAA